GGUGUGCAAACAAUGGUAUAAUGCUUUCUAUCUGCCCAUGGUGUGGCACAACUUUGUGGUCGAUGAUCGGACUCUCACGCGUGCUAAAUACAACUACUACUCUGGCUGGCAAUAUUGCCUGGAUCAUAUACGGACGCAGAAUUGCUUAUCGCGAGUUGGAAAAUACAUGCGUGGCUUGGAAUUCAGGCCAGAGCACAGCUUCAAUAACAUUUUCCAGUUCAUGACAAUGCUCUCAUGGGGCAUGGAAAAAAGCUCGGAGUUAAAAGCACCAGCUGACCUCAAGGAUAUUGGAACACGCAUACGAUCUCUUGUCUAUAUAUUCCCCUGCAAUAUGUCACAAGCCAACGAUCCCGAAGGUAUUAAGCUAUUCGGCACCGGCGGGCAAUUGCUUAAAGGUCUGAAGGAACUGCUGUCUAAACUUCGUGAUCUACGGACUUUGAAACUAAUAGAUUUCGUGUUGGAACGUUUCGAGGCAAAGCAUCUGCUCGAUGAAGUGCUGGAAUCGUGCUGCACGAAAAUGCGUGUGCUGAAUCUAGUGAAUGUCACAACCACUCACUGCCCAAUAAUGCAUGUGGGAUUGUUUAUCAAUUUGCAGGUACUGACAAUUUCACCCCAAAACAUCGAUGAUGACGUUUUGUUGUUAUUAGCCGAUACUAAGUUAAAACACUUGCAUUUGUUGCAAAACCGUUACACCUCCACACAUCUCUCAAUCUCGCCGUGCAGCGUGAAGGCGUGGCGGCAGCUUAAACGCGAUAAUCCAAGGCUAAAGGUGCACCUGCGUGUUGAAUCAAUGGGAGAUGGCGAAGUGGUUUUCCAGCCAGAAGCACCAGUCUACAGUGUCAGCUACGAAUCGCCAAAAUCUAGG